AUGGAUGCCCGCGAGCAUGGCUCUAAGCCAGGCUCCGGUGCAGUAUCGGCCAACCAGGAGGCUGUGGAUCGGAGGGAGCGUCUCCGUCGGCUAGCACUUGAGACGAUAGACCUUGCCAAGGACCCUUACUACUUCCGCAAUCAUCUAGGCCAGAUUGAGUACCCGGAGAUCGAGGAGGGGUUCAAGCCUCGCCACCGCUUCAUGUCUUCAUAUGAGCAGCGGAAAGAGCCUUGGGACAAGCAUUACCAGUACCUACUCUUUGCGGCAGAGCCUUACGAGGUCAUUGCCUUCAAGGUGCCGACCCUGGAGGUGGACCGACACCAGACCGACCGCCUGUUCAGUCACUGGUACGAGGAACGAUCUUGA